AAUAUUUAUAGUUGAAGAGCACUAGCCAGUUCAUUAACAUUUGAUUUUUUUUAUUAUGAAAAUAACCUCCCAAAAUAUGUAGGUUGCGAUAAUCAAAAGGGCAAGAGGAAAUGUCAGAAGUCAAGGAAAUCCCUGGAUGUAUGUUAGCAUAAAGAAAAAUUUCGUUCAAAUAAAACCCAAAACGUAGAUAAUUUUUACUGGUAAUUUGAAUAAAAUGGAUUUAGCAAAAUCAUUUUUUAAUCAAAGAGAUCAUGAUGGUUAUGUUGACAAGGAGGGUCAUAAUAAACGAGAGCUACAAUUAGCAAUAGAUGAUUUAACUGAAACUUCUGUUGAACAUUUCUCAGAAUCUUUGAGUUUAAAUGAUUCUCAAGUACCAAGUCCUGGUGGUCCUUUUUCAGCUCUUAUUCCAAGUAUGUGGCCUCAAGAUCUGCUGGCUAAAUCGGCAGUUCCAGAUGAUCCAAAUUCUCAACCAGAAUACAGAUUUGAUGAAUUUGGGUUUAGAGUAGAUGAAGAAGAUGGCCCAGAACAGAGUUCUAAAAAACUCCUUGGCAUUCCAUUUGUAGAAGACCCUCAGCAUAGAUUGAGGUGGGUGGCUCAUUUGGAAUUUUCUCAUAAUAAGGAAGUUUCUGAGUUAACUUGGGAUAAGGUGGAAUUAAGACUCCCUAGAACUGAUAAAUUAUGCACAAUGAUCAAGUCAGGAAUUCCACAUUCACUAAGAUCCCAAAUAUGGGUUCGAAUAUCAGGAGCUCUAGAAAAAAAACAACAUUCAGAACUGAGUUAUAAAGAAAUUGUGAAAAUGUCUAGCAGUGACUCUCUCAUGACGUCUAAACAAAUUGAGAAAGAUUUACUUCAUGUUAUGCCAACAAAUGCCUGUUUUAGUCAUUCUAAUAGCACUGGAGUUUCAAGGCUUCGAAGAAUAUUAAGAGGAAUUGCUUGGUUGUACCCAGAAAUUGGGUACUGUCAAGGCACUGGUAUGAUAACAGCAAGUUUAUUACUACUUUUAGAAGAAGAGGAUGUUUUUUGGAUAAUGGUUACAAUAGUUGAAGAUCUCUUACCUGCCUCUUAUUAUAGUUCAACAUUGUUAGGUGUGCAAGCUGAUCAGCGUGUUCUACGAAAUCUUAUAUCUAAUUAUCUACCAGAUUUGGACGAAAAAUUGAAAACACAUGAUAUCGAACUAUCUUUGAUAACUCUGAACUGGUUUCUUACAUUAUUUGCCAAUGUUGUUCAUAUGAAAAUAUUAUUGAGAAUUUGGGAUUUAUUCUUUUUUAAUGGUUCAAUAAUUUUGUUCCAAAUAAGUUUAGGAAUGUUAAAAAUGAAAGAGCAACAUAUCAAAGAGCUUGAAAAUUCUGCUGAAAUUUUUAACGUUCUUUCUUCCAUACCAGUAGAGAUAGACGAUGUUGAGCAACUUUUGGAGGUUUCAUUGACACUCACUGCAUCUUUGAAUGAGGUCAUGGUUGAAACUUAUAGAAGGAGACAUUUGGCAUAUUUGAUGGCAGAUCAAGGAACUUUAGUGGGAAAUCCUGAAGCACUCCCAAAUCUGCCAAAGCAACAUUUAUCGAGGCGCCAAGUGAAAAAAAAUAAAUCUAUGAUACAAAUGCUUCUAUUCAAUGAAGAUAAUGAGAAUGAUAUAAAAUCGAAAAAUAUCAAACAGACUGAAAUACUAGUUGACCUAAGGGAAGCUGUACUACAGAUAACUAGAUAUUUUUUGCAAAUGGAUCCUAAACUAAGUGCAGAAAUAUCACUAGGAGCCGACUACUCAAUGGAAUCUCAUGCUGCAGAUCAUUCAAAUUACAUUAAUGUUUCAAAAAAUAGGAAACGUAGAGCUAAAGCUUUGCUGGAUUUUGAGCGACACGAUGACGAUGAAUUAGGUUUUAGAAAAAAUGAUAUCAUUACUCUCAUCAGUCAGAAAGAUGAACACUGUUGGAUAGGAGAAUUAAAUGGUUUACGAGGUUGGUUUCCUGCUAAAUUCGUCCAGCUUUUAGACGAGAGAAGUAAACAGUAUAGUUCAGCAGGGGAUGAUAGCAUAUCAGAAACUAUCACCGAUUUGGUUCGGGGGACUUUAUGCCCCGUUAUAAAACAAGUCCUUGAGCAUGGAAUGAAAAAACCAAUUUUUUUAGGAGGUCCUUGCCAUCCAUGGCUAUUCAUCGAAGAAUGUGCAACGAAAGAAGUGGAGAAAGAUUUCAAUUCAGUGUAUAGUAGGCUAGUGCUAUGCAAGACCUAUAGAUUAGACGAAGAUGGCAAAGUGUUAACACCGGAGGAGUUGUUAUAUCGAUGCGUUCAAGCAGUUAAUUUGACUCACGACAAUGCACAUGCACAAAUGGACGUUAAGUUGAGGUCUUUGAUAUGUAUGGGCCUAAAUGAACAGGUUCUACACUUGUGGUUGGAAGUCUUAUGUUCCAGUAGCGAAGUUGUUCAAAAAUGGUAUCAUCCUUGGUCCUUUGUCUAUAGCCCUGGAUGGGUGCAGAUCAAGUGUGAUCUUAGAAUUCUUUCACAACUUUCCUUCAAUCUGAAUCCCAAUUGGGAGCUUCCAGUGAAAAAAGAAAAUAACAACCAACCAUUGAAAGAUGGAGUAAGGGAUAUGCUAGUUAAACAUCAUCUUUUCAGUUGGGACAUAUAAACAAUAAUAUCAAGGAAAAACAUUCCUUAAUCUAUUCCAAACGAUUUGGACUGCUUGAUUUGAAAUUAGUCUUAAUAAUCAUUUAUAUCUGGAUGAAGUUAAAACUUGAUUUUCACACUAGUUCAUCUUAUCACACAACAUUUUUGUGAAUCUUAAAUCUCAAUUGGUCUAAUUUUUGCCUGUAUUCCUCUACCUCAAAUUUACAUAAACACGGCUAAGUUGAUUAUUGUUAGACAAGCUGAAGAACUAUAAGAAAUAUUCCGUUAAUGAAUUUAUAAUGAUUUAAGGUGAAGUUCAGAAAACUUACUAUGUUUUUGCUAGAUUUUGCUGUACAGAAAAUAAAUACUUAUUUAUAUCUCAAGGUAUGAUCACCUAAAACCUGUCAUGUUUACAUUAACUCAGUUUUUAGACAUAUACAUGUAUAUAUCAUAAUGAUCAGUUUUUGGAAUAUGCAUAAAGUAUUGUGUAAGUUAUUUAUUUUGUUAAUACCUGAAGAAAUUAGUAUAUUUAAUAAACCUAAUCUUUUAUUGUU